AUGUUGGGCAUUCAUCGCUCCGAUUACAUGUUGCACGAGGGCUCCGAAAAUUCGGAGCCACGGUUUCUGCAAGUGGAGCUGAAUACCAUUGCCUCAUCCAUGGGAGCGCAUGCCCUGAACGUAGGCAAGUUGCACCGUUUCCUCCUCUCCCGUUUCGGCGGCGACGGCGACCGCGUGGCGCAGGCGCUGCAGAGCCACUUCGGCCUGGCCCCCAGCAGCGGCUGGUCGCAGCGGGACGUGCAACGGCACCUGCCGGAGAAC